UCUAUUUACAAUAUUGUAAGCAGCAACUACCAAGAAAAUGGUUUUAAAUUGCACUGUUCAACUGCUCCAAUUAAAUGUUUAUUUUAAUCUUCAUUCACAUUCUAAGACGAAGGAAAUAGGAAACCUAAAAUCAUAUUUUCUUCUAGAUUAUAUUUUAUAUACGAAAACAUUUAUUUAACAACGUAUAUUUGCCAACUAUUAGACAACGCCACAUGGCGGUUUUGGAUUGGCUGAAUUUAAAAAAAAAUAGAGAUACAAUUGAUCAGGCGAGAGUAUUAUCGGAAGGGAAAUUUACGAAAUUUUGUUUCGUGCUUUUCCGAUUCUUCUUUCAUUCGCAGUUAUUCUCUGUCAUCUCUCGCGUUCUCUCAUUUCUCUCGUUCUCUCAUCCUCUCAUCUCUCUAGUUCUCUCAUCUCUCUCGUGUUCAAACCUUACUGCUUCACUUUCUAGUGGAGGAUUUGUAUUGUGCCUUCUCGGUGUUUUGGACCUCCGUGUUGUGCAACAUUGAAGUCGUCUUCAAUGUCCCUGUCGAGCAUUGGUAUUGUGCCUUCUCGCUAUCGUGGUGUUUUUUAGUAAGUAGAACUGCGUGAACCCUAACCAUGUUUUCCAACAUAGUCGUUUUCGUGUUUCGCUAACCCUAACCAUCUUGUCAUUGUGGAUUGUUGUUUUGUUUAGCUUAUAACUACAGGUCCAAUGGCAGCCCAAAAAGGAAAUUGGCGCCUUCGUACCUCGAUGGAUUCAUCCACCAUUGUUGAAAUGAAUCGCUUACUAGGAAAGGGUCAUGUAGAGCACAUUAGGAUGACUCCAUUUAGGUGGUGUUUGCAUAUUCUGAGUCCUUUGGAGGUCAAUUUGAAAUUAUUGAAGAUAAUGGUCUAUCGCUGGGUUGGGCACGAUGUUAGUUUUAGAGUUAGUCAACAAUUUGUCCCAUUUACUAUUUUUGAUGUGUUCAUGAGCACAGGUUUAGAAAAAGGUGGUUUAGACAUCCUUUUUAUGAAUCAAUAGUUGGAUUGGUUUGUCAAAUGUUUAAUCCAAAAACCACUACUUUGAAGGAGCUGAUUGACAUGUUUAAUGUGAUUGUCCAGGAUCAAAACAUUGAGGUUGAUGUAGUAUGUAGGUUAUAUAUAUUAGUGUGUUUAGUUGCAUUUUAUUUUCCUAGGAAGUUUGUCUAUGUUUCUAACAUGCCUUGUCUAGUGUUAGAUGACUUAGACAGUUUGUGUCCAUACGAUUGGGGCACCGGUGUACAUAAAGAAAAUAAUGUCGAGACUUAUCGCCCAGUCACUGAGUCUUAGUGGCAAUGUGGUCGUGUUGCAGGCUUGGGCGGUUGAAAGACUUUCUUUGCAUGGUCAUGCCUCUCACGGGAGGUUCCCGUGCAUAUUGCGAUGGUUCCCGUAUAACUCAAGGACCAAAAAAAUUGAACAUAUCUUUCAGACCGGAGAUUUAAAUCUCGAGUGGUAUGUAAGUAAGCAAGAUCUUCAAUUGCCCAAAAUCUGUGCUGCUUUCCACAUGGAUGACGGAGGGAUGGGUGAAGGAUCGUUGACUGAACGAUGCAUGGUUGAGGAAGCAGAUGAUGAAAGCUCCGAUGAUGGCACUUGGGAAGUAGAUGCUGAGGAGAGAAUGAGGAAAAAUAAUCAAAAUAUCAUAACAUUGAAUGCCAAGAUUGGAGUUCUUACGAGGGAGUUAAUUGAAAUUUGUCAAACUCCAAUAUUUAAUGAAGAAGUUGCAUGUGGUAAUGAUGAAGAAGUUGGUGGUGGAGGUCAUGAAGCACCUGCAGGCGGAGGUGAUGAAGAAGGUGAUGGUGGAUUUGAUGAAGAAGCUGUUGGUGGAGCUGCUGAAGACCAUGCAGGUGCAUUUAAUGAACAAUUAGGGGAUGACGAACCUGCGUAUGAAGAUGAGAAAGUUUCAGCAUCUCAUCAUCCAAGUGUUUGUAUUGAAAUUGAUGAUGAUGGUGAUGAUGAUGAAGGGGAGGUGGUACCAUUGGCGAUCCCCCCUUUGCGUAGUUUUGUUGGUGAUCUAACCACCACUGUCGAUGUUGACCAAUUGUACUAUGCAGUCAGCGUAAGAGAUAGCGUACACAAGUAAUUGAUGAGAAUUGUAUUUGUCAUUGGUGAAAGGUGAUUGUUUCUGAUUGAAUAAUAUUUAUUUUUUAGGGUUGUAUGUGAAAUAAUUGGGUAGAGCUUGAGCACAACUUCAUGUUACACUUUAG